AUGAUUUGUGCUAUUCAUACUCACUACAAGUCUACACUUAUUGCUUUAACGGGUACCGAGCAAGUGAAUAUUAGAAGAGCGAAGAGAACACAAAGCAGAACAUUUAUUCAUUCAGUCAACUCUUAUAACCGGAAAGAUAACAGAAUUGGUGGAAGCGCGACGAAAAUAUUCCACCAAGAAAUUUAUAAUCCACUGUACAGACCAUGCGUGAAACGAAAUAAUUUGCAAAUGUACAUCUUACUUCUUACUUCUUUCACUUAUAUCACGUUGGUAAAUGAAGAAACUGAAGCCAAUCGAAUCAAAACUGCAUUCCAAUCAGCUUCUCACCGGCACUACUCGUUGCCCACACAUUAA